AUGGGAGUUUCAGCAGGUGAACAUCCUCUUCUGGUUUCUUUGAAGGGUAUGGUCGAAGGAAACGAAGAAAUGGUGGACAAGUCAAAUGAAUCUUUGUGGAAAAAAGUCAUGGAAGCACAACCCAAGAGAAGAUGCCCAACGAAGAAACAAAAACAUGGACGACAUGCCAGGAGCAAGAGACCUAGAAGGAUUUUGAUGAAGAGAAGGGCACGGGUAGAAGGUUCUAAUAGAAGGGCAGGUUAUGGUAUUGAGAGAAGAGUUAGAACCCUGAAGAAACUCGUUCCUGAUAGUGAAUCCAUGGGAUUGGAUGGGCUUUUCAGAGAAACAGCUGAUUAUAUUUUGUCUUUACAACUGAGAGUGAAGGUCAUGCAGAUAAUGGUUAAGGAAUUAACAGGUUCGGAUGAGUAG